AUGAUCCCCAAAACCGAGAAAGACAACGAGAUCAUCGAAAAGGCUAAAAGCCUUCAAGGUAUCUGCUGGGGCGAGGAAUAUGAGAAAAUGAUAUCGGGAAUACUAUACAGUCCCCUCGCAUCAGAGCUCAUAGAGGGUCGCACCAAAGCGCGCUUCCUGAUGUCGGAGUUUAAUGCUCCUCUUCAACCCGACAUGCCGUUCUCUAAGACCGUCGCGCAGAGGGAGGAGACAUUACGAAAGUUGUUUGGCCGGGCAGGAAGAGGGGUCUAUAUCGAGCCUCCUCUCUUUGUGGACUAUGGCUGCAACAUCAGCGUUGGGGAUGGUUUCUAUGCGAACUUCAAUCUGACCGUCCUGGACUGCGGACUGGUCACCGUUGGAAACAACGUGGAGAUUGGCCCGAAUGUAAACAUCAUCACGGGCGAGCAUGAGACCAAGAUUGAAGCACGGCGCACACAUCGAGGAAUGUAA